AUGUUCGAUGCGAAGAACAUGAUGCAGGCGGCCGACCCGCGCCACGGCCGCUACCUGACGGCCUCCGCGCUCUUCCGCGGCCGCAUGUCGACGAAGGAGGUGGACGAGCAGAUGCUCAACGUGCAGAACAAGAACUCGUCCUACUUCAUUGAGUGGAUCCCGAACAACAUCAAGUCCUCCAUCUGCGACAUCCCGCCCAAGGGCCUCAAGAUGGCCGUCACCUUCGUUGGCAACAACACCUGCAUCCAGGAGAUGUUCCGCCGCGUGGGCGAGCAGUUCACGGCGAUGUUCCGCCGCAAGGCGUUCUUGCACUGGUACACGGGCGAGGGCAUGGACGAGAUGGAGUUCACCGAGGCGGAGUCCAACAUGAACGAUCUCGUGUCGGAGUACCAGCAGUACCAGGACGCCACCGUCGAGGAGGAGGGCGAGUUCGACGAGGAGGAGCAGUACUAG